GAUGAUCGCAUUGUAAACAUCUUUAACAUUUCUACAAGGACAUGUUUGUCUAGGUGUCCACUGUCCGAAGUCCGACUGUCAGAAAGAUGCUUCAAAAGCUUGUUUUGUUCCGGUUUCUCCGACCUGCUGCUCUACUCUCUGCAGCUCUACGUUGUGCCUCAUCGGGGACCGUGGACGUCAAAGUCCCGCUGAACUUCUGGUGCGGAGACAGAGUAAAGAUCAAGGAUGUGUCAACCACUGAGCCUGUUUACGAACCUGCAACUGGUCGGGUCCUGUGUGAGCUAGAGCUCUGUGGGUCUGUGGAGGUGAACCAGGCAGUGCAGGCAGCCCAGUCUGCCUACCAGGCCUGGAGCCGGAUGUCAGGGAUGGAGAGGGCACACAUCAUGAUAGAAGCUGCCCGUAUCAUUGAGAACAGGAGAGAGGACAUUGCGGAGAUCGAGGUGGUGAACAACGGGAAGUC